AUGCUAUGCCCAUUGGUGUACUUUGCACCAGGCGGCGCGGCGGCGCUGCAAAUUAUAAUAGUUUCAAAGCGCCUGCACAAUAUAAACUGCAAUUACGAGACAGAUUCUCAAAACGGCACGGAUAAUCUAGUAGAUGUCCAUAUAUUAAUGGCUAUAAUACUGAUUCCGAUGGUGUCUACCGCAAUGGUCCGCAACCUCAAGUUCCUCGUGCCAUUCUCUGUCCUGGCCAACAUCCUCACGGGAGCGGGGGUGUGCCUCACUAUGUACAUCUCUAUGCACGACCUGCCUCCCGUCACCUCCAGGAAUGCGGUUGGCAGCAUUUCAACGAUUCCGCUGUUCUUCGGAACCGUAAUCUACUGUUUUGAAGGUAUUGGAUUGGUCCUGCCACUCCAGAGUGAGAUGAAGAAUCCAGACAAGUUUGGAAGCAGGUUCGGAGUGCUGAACGUAGGCAUGACUAUCGUGGGGUGCGCCCUGCUCUGGGUGGGGUUCGUUGGAUACCUCAAGUACGGGGAAGAUGUAGCUGGCAGCCUCACUCUCAACUUGCCUAAAAAUAGCCUGUUCUCUGAAGUAGUCCAGCUCACGAUCGCAAUUGGGCUAUAUUCCCAUACCCUUCAAUUCCAUGUUGCGGUCACAUUACUCCAGCUCACGAUCGCAAUCGGGCUCCUCUUUUCCUACGCCCUCCAGUUUCACGUCGCUGUUACGUUCGUGUGGCCCGACUACAACCGAAAGUACGGGCCCUUUAAGCACCCUGUGUUGGCUGAGUGUGGGAUCAGGCUGGGCAUGGCCCUUAUCACGUUUGUCGCAGCGGAAGUGGUGCCCAAGCUAGGAUUGUUCAUCUCCUUGCUGGGUUCUGUGAGCAGUACAGCCUUGGCUCUGGUUGUCCCACCUCUGUGCGACCUGGCACUACACUGGGGACACCAGCCAGGCCCAAACUAUAUCUCUUCGACUGCGUUUCUCUUCUCCUCCGCUGUCGUCGGUUUCAGCACGGGGACUUUCUACAGCCUGAGGGACAUCAUCAGGGCAUUCUUCUAUUCCCCCGGACGUGACAGGACCCAUGACCACAGCGGUUCUGCCAAAAGCCCUUAG